AUGGCGGGCGACGAGGACUGGGCCCCGGGCCUGGUGCCGUGGGGCAUGGAGCAGCCCUCCCCGGGCCCCUCCCCCUCUCGCCCGAGCGUGUCCGUGACCGACCGUGUCUCGAGCGCGCGCGAGAGCCUCGGGGGGCUCUCGCUCUUCGACGACGAGGACCUCGCGGACCUCGCGGGGUCCGACGACGGGCUCCUCGACUUCCCGGAGUUGCCCGUCGAGGAGACGUCCUUCGAGGACGCUCCAGCUGCUUCGAGGACGAAAAGGCUGAGGAAGCCGCGGACGCUCAUGAACGUGUCCGACACCAGCGGCCGGAGCUUGCAGAUCCCCAAGCCGGAUCUAGGCGCGCGAAGUCUUCGUAAGCGCCACGGACGCGAUGUGAAAGGUAAGCUGGUUAGCUGGAUCAACCUCGCGGUCGACGCAGCCUCGGCGCGUCUUGGAUACGAGUAUAAAUUUUCAGCAUUCUCGUUGCUUUUUUCAUGGAACACUCCAGAACAAAUAUACCACAUCGAUUUAAGGAAGAGCGCUUAUCAGUUUGCGCUGAUUCUCACAGAAAGUGAAAGUACGAUAUAUUCAGAUGCCACGAUGUCGCUCGACGACGCGUGCAUCGAAAUGGGUAUCAAGCGUGUCGCGGAUGAGAAACUCGCUAAUUUUUCUUCCCUUCUAUGCUCACUCAAUAGGAUCGAUCAUUUUCGCAAAUCAAUUACGAAUGGCCCGGCGAAACCGGGAACGCUUUGCAUGAUGGGAGGCGGCAAGAUUCACGCAAAGCCUGAGAACAAACGGUUCAGGGCGGUCAUCUUCUUUUCCGCGUGUCCAGUUCAUAUGGAAGAUUACGACCCGAAUGAACAAUACAAUAUAUUCAGCUUACUCGACGCCCCACUCGACCCGACUAAUAUCCCGGCGCGGCUAGCUUAA